GGGAGACGAGGGGUGGGGGGAAAGCGCAUCACGGACAAAGGAAUAUGGGUGAGCUGGAGAGGAUUUGCCACCGCCGGGCCCAACGAUGGAUGAGCGACUUGUCUUCCAUUCAGCCGGACUCCAUCUAGCCCACCUUAAUGAGGUGCUGGGACGCAUGGUACUGCAAGCAAAAAAGGCGGAAGGCUGCAUUUAAUCCGUCUGCGGGUCCUAUGAGUUUGCAAUGGCUCUUGCGGGUAUACGCAACCGGCUAGGGAGCAACGUGCCUUUUUAUUAUUUUGUCAUAUUCUCCCUAUUUUGUGGCCUUUCAUUCGGACAGUUGCGCUAUUCCGUAACGGAAGAACUCGAAAAUGGAGCACUGGUCACUGAUCUGGCGUAUGACUUGGGGCUGGAUAUUCGAAAGCUGGCCAGCCGAAAAAUCAAGGUAACCUCCAGCAGCAGCAGUAAACGCUACGUGAUUGUCAACCCUAAGAACGGCAAAAUGCUUGUCAACGAAAGAAUCGACAGGGAGGCGCUGUGUGAUGUAUCCAGCAGCUGCCUCAUCAAUCUAGAGGUCCUUGUCGAAAAUCCUACUGAGGUUCACCAUGUUGUGCUGGAGAUUGUGGACGUCAAUGAUAAUGCGCCACAGUUCCCUCGGGAUGAGUAUCAAGUUGAGAUAACCGAAUCGGCAUUACCGGGGUCUCGGUAUCCAAUCGAAAAUGCUCAGGACCCAGACAUCGGGUCCAAUUCAGUGCGUUUGUAUCAGCUGAGCCCAAAUGAGCAUUUUGCGCUGGUGUCCAACAAACCCUCCUUAAAUACUAAGCACAUCGAGCUCGUGCUCAAAAAGCCCCUGGAUCGGGAGCAAACGCCUUACCACCAGUUAAUUCUAAGUGCUGUUGAUGGCGGGACACCUGAAAAAACAGGCACAGCGAUCAUCAACGUACGAGUCCUGGACUCAAACGACAACGUUCCCAUGUUCGACAGCUCGGUGUACAAGGUGAAACUGUUGGAGAAUUCACCCAAAAACACGCUGGUCAUCAAAUUGAACGCUACCGAUCUGGACGAGGGCAAGAACGGAGAGGUCUAUUACUCUUUUAGCAGCUACACUCCCGAGAGAGUGAGACAGAUGUUCAGCAUGGACACGAACACGGGAGAAAUAAGAGUCAGCAAAAAUGUUGACUACGAAGAGACCAACUCCUAUGAGAUGUACAUCCAAGCAAUGGACAAAGGCCCCGGGGCUGUGGCGGCGCACUGCAAGGUGGUGGUCGAGGUGGUGGACGUGAAUGAUAACGUCCCUCAGAUUGUGCUGUCAUCCCUGUCGAGCCCGGUGAGAGAGGACGCCCGCGCCGACACAGUAGUGGCUCUCAUCAGCGUCACCGAUCGGGACUCCGGCGCCAACAAGCAGGUGACUUUAGAGAUCCCAGCAGGCCUUCCUUUCAAGAUCAAAUCUUUCAGAAACUACUACACCCUGGUUACCUCAGCGUUCUUGGACCGCGAGACCACCGAUGCCUACAAUGUCACGCUGAGUGCCACGGACGGAGGAACCCCCCCUCUUUCCUCUCAGAAGACCAUCCAGGUGGACGUGGCCGAUGUCAAUGACAACCCACCGCGAUUUGAGCAGACAUCGUAUACCGUCUAUGUGACUGAGAACAACGCUCCAGGGGCCUCUUUAUGUACGGUGAAAGCUCAAGACGCCGACAUCAAGGAGAACGCUCGCAUUACUUACACAGUGCUCAACGAUAAUAACCACGGCAUCCCCGUCACGUCUUAUGUGUCUGUGAAGGCCGACACCGGGGAGGCCUAUGCCCUGCGAGCCUUCGACUAUGAGUCACUGAGAGAGUUUCACUUCCAGGUCAAAGCCCAAGACGGGGGCAUUCCUCCGCUUAGUCGCGUCGCCACCGUCUACAUCUACAUCAUGGAUCAGAACGACCACGCGCCACUCAUAGUCAGCCCUCCGGGUAACGGCACACGCUCUUUGGAGACGAUUCAAAAGAAUGCAGAUCCUGGAGCUUUAGUGACCAAAGUGGUGGCAUACGAUGCAGAUGCCGGUCCAAACGCCUGGCUGGUGUACGUGCUGGAGACUGCCACGGACCUUGACUUGUUCAAGGUGCACGAACACACGGGUGAGAUCAGGACCACUCGUAGGAUCCUGGAGGACAACUCCACCUCGUUUGCUCUAACGGUCUUGGUGAAAGACCAUGGGCAACCUGCGCUCUCCUCCACUGCCACCAUCAAUGUGGCUGUCAUGGAGGUGCCCCCCAAGGUCGUCCCAGACCCCAAAAGGAUCAUCAGACCACACAGCACCCUGCUUUUCUCAAACAUGACCCUGUACUUGAUUGUCGCUCUGAGUGCCACCACCUUUGUUUUCCUGGUCACUGUGGUGGUGCUGGCCAUUGUCCGCUGCCAUGCCUACUGCACACAACCUGGAUCCUGCUCCCCUUGCUGUGGCUCGCAGAAGCCCCCUCCAGAUGGUGGGAACAGUAGUGUGAGUGCGGGUGGAGGAGGGGCCGGUGGCGCAGCUGCAGGGCAACCCAAUAACAAUGUGGUACUCCGGAGGGACCUUAAAGUUGAGCCUCACUACAUUGAAGUGCGCGGGAAUGGCUCACUCACAAAGACUUACUGCUACAAGACCUGCUUGACAGCCACUUCCGGCAGUGACACCUUCAUGUUCUACAACACGGGAAGGCCCAUCAGCGGCACCUGGGGCAGCGGUGCCGACCGCUUCUUCACGAGCGGAAGCGGAUUUGUACGCAGGCUGAGCAUGCCCGAUGCCUCACUUCAAAUCUGCCCAGAGCCAAAAGCUCCAAAUGCUGACUGGCGAUAUUCCGCAUCUUUGAGAGCCGGGGUGCAGAGUUCGGUCCACAUGGAGCAGGCCUCUGUCAUGCAGGGAGCCCAGGGCAUGCUGGUCCAGAACUGGCCUACCGUGUCCAGUGCUGCAGACGGAGAAGGCGGCGGCGAGCUCUCGCCUCCGGUCGGCGCCGGCGUCAACAGCAACAGCUGGCACUUCCGAUACGGAGCCGGACAGAGCUAUUGCCCACCGCAGGGCCUGAAGCCCGGCGAGAUUCCUCCCGAAGCCUUCAUCAUCCCCGGAUCCCCGGCCAUCAUUUCUAUCCGCCACGACCCCGGCCCUGUUGACAAUAAAGGGGACUUCAUAAGCUUCGGCAAGAAGGAGGAAGCCAAGAAGAAGAAAAAGAAGAAGAAGGAUAAGAAGGAAAAGAAGGAGAAAGGAAAGGAUGAUGGAGAGGAAGAAUGAAGAGGGGUGAAGUCAGCUAUUAAGAUGCCAUUCUGUUGACAGAGCCAGAAAAAGAAGCCAAAUCCAUCUUGGUAGAGGGGGUGUCUCUUUGCACCAUAUGCACAGCAAGUUACAUAUGCGAUAUUUACAUUGUACAGUGGCCAAUCUCUGAUUUAGGGGCCUGCCCGACCCGCAGCACAAAGCAAACCCGCUUAACUAACGCCCGCUCUCUUCCGUGGCCCAUUUGGCCUUCAACUUUGACCUGUACAAAAUAAACGGAGGUUCAAAUGGGAAUUUUACAGGUUUGCUGUAGCCUGCGAAUGUCAUCAAGUUUGUAGAACAGAAAACAAAAUGUCCCAAAAAGAAAGAAAUGCAACUGAUUUGUAUUCAACUAUUGUCAGCAAAGGGCGCCUGUGCCGGCACCUUAGAAAUGUUGCACCCCACCUUUUGAUACUGGCUCGCCUCGCUCGGCAUAAAGUCAAAGACAAAACUAAAAAAAAUGUUUUUUUUUCUUGUCAGUAUUAGGUAGACAUCGUAGAAAUUCAGCAAAUGUCGUCACAAAAAAAGAAACGUAUGCAGAAAAGUGAGAUUCUCAAUUUAAGAGCAAAAAAGUGGCGAGCAGGACGCCAAAAACGUCAACAAAGUCCAAAUGCAGCAAUCCGUCAGUAUAAGUGGACAGCUUUUGGUUGAGCCGGGGUAUAUUUAUGAAGGGGUGUUCUAAGCCGCUUGCUCGUUUUAACAUUACAAUGUAAAAAAUUAAGGAUAACGACCGGGAAACCAUUCUCAUUUUGCUACAUGCUCGUGUAACUGGAAGGAAAUUUGAUUUAUGAUUUGUCAAUAACACAUUAUGGCCCAACAAAGAAGAAAACUAUGAUAUUUUCACAACACUAACCGUUUUCUAAAGUGACUCGUUUCAUAUUGAAGAUUUGAUCUUAAUUUCGUCUAAUAAAUUUAAGUUGAGUCCAUCUUUGGCUCCGUCUACAGCUAUUCAAAAACAUCGUUGAAAUUAAGAUUUUGGUCAAAUUAAAUGUUGAUUGACGUAAGAAAAUGAUCAAGAAAAUGUCCACUCGUCAUUUAUAAAUACAGUAUCAUCUACCUUUUUAAAAAAAAUGUAAUUACGUGACUUGGUAUUAUUUGCAUCAGAUGUCGGCUGAACUAUUUUGUUGUUGCCUCUUGUCGUCUCGUGGUGCAGCGUAAAAUGUGCCUCUGAUGCAAGCGCCCCCCCCCCUGACCUUUGCCACUUUUCUCGCAAUAGGGCACAGCGGGGUCAUCGUGAUCCAGUUGUGCAGCAUUCUACUCAAACUGACGUUUUGACCGUUAACACCGACUCCCCAAUAUCUUCUUGUCAGUGAUGUGCAAAAAUAUGGAAUCUGCACCCCGUUCUGGGGGCCGAUGGCAUUCUUAAUGACGAGAGCGUUAUUGUGCGGCUCUUGGGAGCCCGGUCCCUCUUCUUCUGUCUUUGAAUGUUAAGUAGAUGUUCUUCAAGCUCAUCGCCAUCGCUUCAGUGCUUGUAGGACGUGCUUGCCCACUGCUUGUUUCCUCUCUCCCUUCUUGUGUCUCCCCCCCCCCCCGAAAUGACAGUCGGGAAUAACAUCUGUAUAACGUCAUCCCCCACCCCCUUUUUAAAUGGAGUGUGCAGCCAUGUCACGUCUUUGCAUAUUCAUAAACGGAGGACGCCGCGCUACCGAUUGUCCGACGUCGAAUCAGUCGACAUCUGAACAGUUUGAAGUUGGAAGGCGUUUACCGAUAGCGCCAACAAGAGUUCAAACAUCAAUGUUAAUUAUGGUACAGUCGGUUGAGGUGCGUACACGUGCAAAAUACUUAUUUUACAUUCGCUUUUAUUACUGCAAAUAAGCGGUAGUUGUUGUUUUGUUUUUGUUUUUUUUUAAUUAGCUGUUUUUCUAGUGUAUAGAACAUUUAUAAAAAGAUGAACUUUAUUUUGGCCUUACUGAAGGAGCCCGCCCGGGUCUAGCACGGGAGAAAACGUGUACUUUGAGCUGACGGCAAUGCAAGUGGGAGUCUCUCGUCUGUGUUUGCGUUACUUUUCCGGAAACAUCCUAUUUCCAGCCACAGCUGUAGGCGCUGCUGUCACGCUCCGAACCAAUCACGCUCGUGUGUUUCCUUGCCCCGGCCGUCCGUCAGGUGUACUUCUGUGCUCUCGGAUCACCAAGUGUUUGCAUGUUAUGAGCAAAGGAAACAGAUAUUAUAAAAAUACUAUUUAUACUUUUCCUUUUUUUUAUUGGAAACCACAAACCUGAAUACAGAUCCAUGCACACACAAACCAAACAGUCGAGCAAUUGGUGGCAAAACCUAAAAGUAUCACACUUUUUUUAAUCCUGUAAAAAUAGCGUUGGAUCGUCUCCACAGUAAAUACAUGAUGCUAUUGUGUUAUGCUAUGAAAUGCCUUUUUUUUUUUUUUGUUUUUUUGCCUAUGGUUUUCAUAGGUAAGAAAAUAGACCCUUACUUGUGUUAACCUUUGAAAUGAUCAAACAAACACUGUCGUGAACUCAUGUGCGCACCCUCCAUGGUUAUUCCUUGCUUAAUCAAGACAAAAAGGUUGAAAAAAAAACAAACAAAAUACUUAAAAUGGAAAAAAAAAAAUAAAGUCGAUGUACUCUCUGCUCGUGUAUAGUGAAUAUAUGUCGGUCACUGGGUGUGACAGUGGGUGGCACAUGCUAGUCGACUGUGACAGUGCAAAUCUCUUCAUAAACUUAUUUUGUACACCUACUUAUCGUUAAGGUGAUAAUAGUGCUUUUAAUGAGUUCAUCAACCUGGUAAUGUGUUUUGUUA